CUGGGUGCUGCGCUGUGAGGGGCACAGGAGGAGCCUGGCACCCACCUUCAGGGACCCCUUGCCUGGGGCGGACCUGAGAAUCUCAGUCUCAUCUGGCGUGGCCUGGUGCCCAGCCAGGUAUAAUGGGGGGUGUAGGGGGGACAGCACUGCAUACUCUGGGGCUGAGCUCGGGAGGUUAGUAUGACUGGAAUAAUCAAGGGAGGCCUCCCUGGAGGGUCCAGGGGCACCAAGGCAGAAACAUUCAGAAAGGCUCCUGGGGGAGGUGGGGAGUUGCUGGAGCCAUCCUUGGGAUAAGGAGCAGAAAGGUGGGUGGAAAUUCCAGGUAGCAGGGACCCCCUACAGCAUACAUUUUUCAAGUCCACUGGGGGCUUUCAUAUCCACUGGGUGCUUAGCCAGGUAAUUCGGGCUCUCCAACCCCACCUGUGUAAGGGGGACACCAGCCACGGCACCAGCCCAUAGAGUAACAGUUAAUUGCAAUUGUGCCAACAACGUGCUCGGCACGGCGCAUGUUGGCGCUGAUAGUGUUCUGCUACCUUGAACUUUGUCUUCGUUGUUUUCGUCGUCAUUGUCACGCCCCAGGGCCCCUGGGAACUGCACUGGGCUGGGACGGUUAUGACCACUUCCCAGCUGAGGACACGGAGGUGGCGGGAGCAGAGAAAGUACUUCUCCGGGGUCACAGCUGUUCCCUGAGCUGCCUCCACUGCCGUCCCCGCCUCAGCCGAUUCGGUGCCCCUGAAGCCUGAUGCCCCUCCUUCAACCCCGCGGCGCUUCCCUUGGACCCGGGUGGGCCCCCGGGUCUAGGUUGGCCCAUUUGCCCUGCCUCUUCGGCCCCGUCCCAGGCCCCUUUUUGGGCCGAGUGCACACUUCUUCCUGGAUAUAGAAGGGUUCGAGCCCAACCCCACUGUCACCAACAACUCUCCCCUCAUCUUCUCCAAGCCCAUGGACUCCAACAUCCGGCAGUGCCUCCUGGACAGCUGUGAUGACAUGGACUCCCCACAAUCUCCUCAGGAUGACGGGAGAGAGACCCCAUUCAAUCCCAACUGUCCCAGUGCAAACCUGGCCAAGCAAGAGCAGAGGCACAAAAAGAAGUGGCUGAAGAAACACAUCUUUGUGGCUGUGUCGGAGGGCUGCGUGGAAAAGCUGCUGGAGCUGCUGAUGGAGCUGCAGGAGCUUUGUGAGCAGUGCCGCAGCCUGGAUGUGCCUGACUUCCUCAUGCACAAGCUGACGGCCUCGGACACGGGGAAGACCUGCCUGAUGAAGGCCUUGUUAAACAUCAACCCCAGCACCAAGGAGACCGUGCGGAUCCUGCUUGCCUUCGCUAAGGAAAACAACAUCCUAGACAGGUUCAUCAACGCCAAGUACACGGAGGAGGCCUACGAAGGGCAGACGGCGCUGAACAUCGCCAUCGAGCGGCGGCAGGGAGACAUCACCGCGGUGCUCAUCGAGGCCGGCGCCGACGUCAACGCCCACGCCAAGGGCGUCUUCUUCAACCCCAAGUACCAGCACGAAGGCUUCUACUUCGGCGAGACACCCCUGGCCCUGGCAGCCUGCACCAACCAGCCCGAGAUUGUGCAGCUGCUGAUGGACAACAAGCAGACAGACAUCACCUCGCAGGACUCACGGGGAAACAACAUCCUCCAUGCUCUGGUGACGGUGGCUGAGGACUUCAAGACGCAGAAUGACUUCGUCAAUCACAUGUACGACAUGAUCCUGCUGAGGAGCGGCAACUGGGAGCUGGAGACCAUGCGCAACAAUGACGGCCUCACGCCGCUGCAGCUGGCCGCCAAGAUGGGCAAGGCCGAGAUCCUGAAGUACAUCCUCAGCCGUGAGAUCAAGGAGAAGCGGCUCCGGAGCCUGUCCAGGAAGUUCACCGACUGGGCCUACGGGCCAGUUUCGUCCUCGCUCUAUGACCUCACCAACGUGGACACCAUGACCGACAACUCGGUGCUGAAAAUCAUCGUCUACAACACCAACAUCGAUAACCGGCAUGAUAUGCUGACCCUGGAGCCCCUGCACACGCUGCUGCAUAUGAAGUGGAAGAAGUUUGCCCGGUACAUGUUCUUCCUGUCCUUCUGCUCCUAUUUCUUCUACAACAUCACCCUGACCUUCAUCUCUUACUACCUCCCCCGGGAGGAGGAGGCCCUGCCACGCCCCUUGGCCCUCACAUACAAGAUGGGGUGCCUGCAGCUCUUAGGAAGCAUGUUUGUGCUCAUCUGGGCCACGUGCAUUUCUGUGAAAGAGGGCAUCGCGAUCUUCCUGCUGAGACCAUCAGAUCUGCAGUCCAUCCUCUCGGAUGCCUGGUUUCACUUUGUCUUUUUUGUCCAAGCUGUGCUUGUGGUACUGUCUGUCUUCUUGUACUUGUUUGGCUACAAAGAGUACCUCGCCUGCUUCGUGCUGGCCAUGGCCCUGGGCUGGGCGAACAUGCUCUACUACACGCGGGGUUUCCAGUCCAUGGGCAUGUACAGCGUCAUGAUCCAGAAGGUCAUUUUGCAUGAUGUUCUGAAGUUCUUGUUUGUAUAUAUCGUGUUCUUACUUGGAUUUGGAGUAGCCCUGGCCUCGCUGAUCGAGAAGCGUUCCAAGGUCAACGAGGACUACAGCUCCUAUGGCAGCUUCAACGACACCGUGCUGGAACUCUUCAAGCUCACCAUAGGCCUGGGUGACCUGAAAAUCCAGCAGAACUCCAAGUACCCCAUCCUCUUCCUGUUCCUGCUCAUCACCUAUGUCACCCUCACCUUCGUCCUCCUCCUCAAUAUGCUCAUUGCCCUGAUGGGGGAGACUGUGGAGAACAUCUCCAAGGAGAGUGAGCGCAUCUGGCGCCUACAGAGAGCCAGGACGAUCUUGGAGUUCGAGAAAAUGUUACCAGCAUGGCUGAGGAGCAGAUUCCAGAUGGGAGAGCUGUGUAAAGUGGCAGAGCAAGAUUUCCGACUGUGUUUGCGGAUCAACGAGGUGAAGUGGACUGAAUGGAAAACUCACGUCUCUUUCCUCAACGAAGAUCCGGGGCCCGGGAGACGGACAGCAGAUUUCAACAAAAUCCAAGAUUCUUCCAGGAGCAACAGCAAAACUACCCUCAAUGCAUCUGACGAAAUAGAUGAAUUUCCGGAAACUUCAGUGUAGAAGCAGAACCCAGAGCUCGUGUGCAUGUGGGCCAUCUGAGGCUGGAGGCUGGGUCCUGGACUUGGUGCUGCGGGCUUUGCCAAGUGAUGGAGCCUGGCUCCACCUGCAGAGAUGAGGAAAGCACCCUCAUGCUGGACGGGUGGCUGAACUGAGGGGCAGUUGUCAGUUUGAGUGGGAAACACCCUGGACUUUGUUAUUCGGCAAAGAGUUUGUAUAAACCCACGGCCAGCAGUCCUGAGCCUGGGAGUCCCAGGAGUCCCUGAAUCCUGGGUGAAGUCUCUGCGUUCCCCAACUGCAGGUCGAUUUGGCUGGGAGAGAGGGUGGCAAGGCAGGGGCGGGGGCCCAAGGAGCAGGGAGAGGAGUCUUCUGCCAAGGUCCCCAGCCCCAGCCUGCGCAUUCUACCAUCUCCCUUAUUGUAACUGGGUCUCCUGAAUUUAAGGGACUGUUGAUCCAUCCCAGAAUGUGCAGGGGACUGAGCUAAGCCGGCUAUCCUGGGACUGGAGGAGAAUGAGCUUCUGGAGCCUUCAGGGAGAAGGAAAACACCCUUGGAAUGCGUGGCCUUUGUACUCAAGGCUCAAACUGUCUCCAACUGAGACGUUUCUAGUAGCAUAAUUAACCCAGGGCUUUUCUUUUCAAUAGAGAACGGCUUUUUCAGUUUUAAAUGAAAAUUACUUCAAAUGAAGUAUGUGAUUUUAAAGCUGAGAAAUAGAUUUUAGGAUUUGAGGCUGGAGGUAAGUAUUAUAUACUUGGCCUCGUGGUGGCCAGAGCAAGGACAAAAAGCUUUUCUUUACGCACAUAAAAUUCCACAAGAGACACGCCAGGCAGGGACCACGAUCUGGGUGAAAGAUCUUGGCUGUUUUCCUUGUCCCAGCCCUGCAACAGUGCAUGCCUCUAAGUUGGGAUCAUGGCUUCGACUGAAACAGAAAUAGCAGCUGCUCUAUUCAUACGGUCUUGAAUCUCGGAGAUUACUCUUCUACAUCAGUAUUUCUCACUGGAGGAAUUUAACAAAAUACCUGAAAUGCUCUGGUAUUAAAUAUUUUUGUUAACUGUGAAUUUGGAAGUGGAGGAGAAGGCAUUUGAGAAAGGAGUGCUUGCCAAGAUGUGCGGCUUAUUUUUAGAUUCUCAUCCUCUGAUUUUUCUCGCCCCUGAAAUCACACAGAGUCACUUUGGGGGCAGAGGUGAAGUGGAGAUAGUAGAAAUGUUCCAGGUUACUGGAGCCUAAAGAACCAUAAAUCCACUCUUCCUCAGUUAUCUGGUAAAAGAUUCAUGUGGGAAUUUUUGAGGUGGAAUUAUAACGCUAUGAACCAUGAAUUUUAAUUUUAAGUGGCACAAAAUCAUUCGGCUUUUAGAUAACUUGGCUAUUGGCUAGUUAAUCUGACUUGAGGCAAAUUAAGGAGUACAGGCCAAGCAGUCCACUGUCGGCCUUUUUCUCUGCUCUGGGCUGCUCUGUGCACCAGCUUACGUGGGUGGGUAGAAACUUGGCCCUCGUGCCCCUGAUGGGCUGGGUCAGGGAGAGAUGCCAUGAGUGGAGACUUGAGGCAAAUUAAGGAGUACAGGCCAAGCAGUCCACUGUCGGCCUUUUUCUCUGCUCUGGGCUGCUCUGUGCACCAGCUUACGUGGGUGGGUAGAAACUUGGCCCUCGUGCCCCUGAUGGGCUGGGUCAGGGAGAGAUGCCAUGAGUGGAGGAUGUAGCCUUAGAGCCGUACAAUCUGCAGCAGCCCCUGCACUCUCGGAUGACCCAGGGAGCCAACCAGUGCUCUAAGCUGUAGUGGUCAGGCCAAGCUCAAGUUGAGCAGGGGAGGAAGGGGCUAGGCAUGUUCCCCAGAGAAGGGAAGAUGUGGGGAGAUUUUCCCAGAGGCAGGAGGAGCAGAUGUGUUCCAGAUGGGCAGAGCUAGUGCCAAAAGUUGGAAAUUUCAGGGAAAAAAAGUUUAGUUCAAUUCAGUCCAGCAACUGCUCCAGAUAUUGGGGAUAUUUAAGCAGAAGCUGGUUGAGCAUUUAUUAAGGAUAUUGUUAAAGAUCACAAUCAAAUGAACUUGAAGGUCCUUUUAGCCUGGAGAUUAGCAUCCUGUAUCUGGAAUUACCUGCUUGCAUUUAUCCUGAACAGUUGUCCUGGUUUGAAGGGCAGCCGUUUGGAUCCAUGGCACCAUGCUCUACACCAUGUAGCUGGGAAUUCAGAUAUGUUUUGAUUUGGAUAUGAAUGGAUAAAGCCGCAUGGUUCUCCAUUUCCCACUUGAACGAAAGCUGGGAGGUUAGACAGACAGAAAUCAAUAACUGGAUCUUUGCCUUCUUACAUGUAUGGAGACCUGUCUGUGGAUCUGGAUGGGAUUUGUUGGCAGGACCAUUUUCUAUACUGAAUCUUCUUCCUGACAGUGGCAUCCCCCAAAGGUUUUCAGCCUAGGUGGUCUCAGCCUAGGUAGGUUUACCAAGGAAAGCAAUGAGUCAAAGAGCAUUGGCUUAAAAGGACCAGUUCUCUUAUGUUACACCUGGAGACUAAAGCUCCAAAAGGAAAGUGGACUUGUUCAGAGUCAUGCAGGAGGUCGUAUCAGAGCUGUUGAAGCUGGAGUGUUCUGAUUCUGGACCACAGAUAUCCCCCCGCACGAUUUUUUUUUAGCACAGUUAUUCAGUAAAUUUGAGUCUGCCUUUGUGGUUGACGUAUGUGAGGGGACUAGAGCUUUUUGCUCAGAUGAUUCACGCUGGCAGUCUGCACUGUCCCUGUGAUCCCCAUGAUGGGUUUAAAAUUCAAGUGUGUGCACACAGGUGUGUACAAAACCACACACCACGCCACACGGAGUCCACAGGUGUAUCAGGACAUCUUAAAUGAUUCACAUUUCAGUAAUUUAAGGGGAAGGCAUUUUCCAGGGAUGGAAUCUCCCAUGCUCAGAUAACAGUUUUGGCUGGAAAUUUUUAACUAAACUCUGCCUCAGGAAGCAUCCAUUAUUUUAGAAAUUAUGUGAUAUAUCUGUUUGGCAUAAAAAUGGUGCUUACCUUCCUCCUUGCAAGGGUGGGAGAAGGAGCUCAAGGCUGUACUGCGAAGUCAUUAUGGUCGUAGAGGGCUCCUGCCUUGGAGCCCAGUGUUAUUGACCUUCUUUUCCUUCCACAGGCCUGGUGAGCUAAGUUCUUUUGCUCUGGGUAAGGCCCCGGUAGAUGGGCCGUCAUCUGGGCCUGUAAGCCAUACUUGAUCUCUGCACUGAUUUAUAUGUUGUUACUGUGAUCUUGGUCCCAAACACAGAAUUGUCACCUUGUUCUCACUGAAUAUGCCUGAUCCUUGCAAAUUCCUUUUACAUCUUGUUUUUAGUGUUGUGUGUGUGUGCAACUCUAUGUUCAAGAAAGAAGUCAUAAAUGGAGUAAGAACAUUUUAGUGCCAUUGAAGAAAUGCUUUUAUGAUUUCUAAUAAAUAUUUAUUUUGCCUUGUUAUGAUCAUGUUUUAUCCUUGUCUUAGGUGUGCCACUAUGAAGACUGACUAGAAAUUGUAGGGUGUUGCUUAACAUGAGUGGAUAAAGGGAAGGCCACUUUUCAGACCUAAAAUAUUAUUAUUGGUCCCAGCUCAGCACACUAAGACAUGCCACCUUUGUGCAGCAUUUACAUCUCAAAGUAUAUCACGUCCAGUACCCCAUUUUAACCACUCAAUAACUCUGGAAGUAAAAGGAGAGUAAAAGGAGACCUAGAGAUUUUAAGUGACAUGCCCAAGGAAUCACAGCCUGAAAACCUUACAGGUUCAGGAAAUAUGACCCCAAGCAGAGGGUCCAUCCAUAGAAAUCCCUCCUGUCUACCUCACAGGACCUUUAUUUAUAAGGAGGCAGUAAGGGAAUGGACAGGAAAGAGCUGAUAUUAUUACUAUCAUUAUUGCCCAACAUAUAUGUAUGUGCAUUUUUUUCAUUCUUUUGAGUUAUUUUGAAAGAAUGGCAGUUCUCAACUUGAAUGCCAAGACGCUGCUGUGUCUUGAGGGGUUGCAGAACUUGCAAACAAUUUAUUAAUAAGUGAUGUGCUGCAUUUGGUCAAUUACUUAAUCCAAAACGAUUCCCAGAAUAACACCCUUCACUGGGAUAUGUCUUCUCGAGUGGCAAGGAAAUGGGAAUUGUACAUAAUCCACAUCCUAGCUCAAACAGGUUUCAGUCUAUAAUCUAGGAAUGUGCCAUCCACGGAAACAUUCUGGGUAGACUGAUAGAAAAAGGGUGGAAGCCCCUGUUGUAGUAUAUAUUCUGGGGGUGGGAUGCCUAGGUCAAUGAGGAUAAACAGUUUUAUGACUUUUGAUACGGUGAAAAAUUAUCUUCCAAAAGAUAUUUUGCAAUUUUUUCAGCCUUUGAGAUUGUAUGAUUCCCUAUUUAUAAAGUGCUUUCAUUCAUAUUGGUUAUCUUAAUUCACUGUUUUGUGGAUUUUUAAUUUUUGUUUAAUUAAAAAAUUAAUUUUAAAAAUUGUUUAAUUUUUUUUUUUAUUUAUUAUUUUUGGCUGCAUUGGGUCUUCGUUGCUGCAUGCAGGCUUUCACUAGUUGCGGCAAGCGGGGGCUACUCUUCGUUGUGGUGUGCGGGCUUCUCACUGUGGUGGCUUCUCUUGUUGCAGAGCAUGGGCUCUAGGCACGCGGGUUUCAGUAGUUGUGGCACUCAGGCUCAGUAGUUGUGGCUCACGGGUUCUAGGGCGCAGGCUCAGUAGUUGUGGUGCACGGGCUUAGUUGCUCCGCAGCAUGUGGAGUCUUCCAGGACCAGGGCUUGAACCCGUGUCCCCUGCAUUGGCAGGCGGAUUCUUAACCACUGUGCCACCAGGGAAGUCCCUGUAGACGGUUUGAUGAGUAUUCUAUCUCCAUUCAAUAGGUGGGGAAAUUGAGACUUGGAGAGAGAUGGAAUGACAGGUGAAGGUCACAGUGCUUUUUCCUGGGCCAAGGAUCCAAGUUCUCUGAGGUGUACUGGUACGCACUACUCCAGUAGUGUCAAUGAGCUCACAUAACAAAGUGGUUUAGCCUAGCCUGAGUCACAUUUAAGAAUAAGUGUCAUCCAGGUAAAGGGAGCGUGGUGGUGGGAUAGGGUUUCAAUAAGAGGGAACAACAUGGGCAAAGACCAUGUCGUAGUAGGGAGCUUGGUGCAUCUGAGGAUGGAGAAGUCUUUGUGGCCAAAUUGCUGGGAAAAAGGGCUGCAGAGGUAGGCAGAGGCUAGAGCACACAGGACUCGUCCAGCUGUGGGGAGGCUUUGAGAUUUCCUAUCAUGAGUGAGGAGAAACCAACAAAAGCUUUCACACAACGGGAUUAUUGAAUUUCCUUUUUUUCCCCAUAGGGUUGCAGGCUUAAAAGGGUGUAAUUUUCCAUCCGCCAUCAUCUGGCAUAUCGUGACAGUCUGAAGAGUGUGGAAUGGAGUAAAUUCUACCUGGGAGUGAUGGGGAUACUCAGGAGGUGACUGGGAAAGAAGGCAAGAAGGCAAAGAGAAGGCAGAGACAUUGGUGGAAUAUGAAGACAUUUCAGUAGAGAAGGAAUGGCUGAGCACACUCAUUUACUCAACUGAACUUUAUCGGGCAUUUAUUAGAUUACAGGUGCUGAAAAAGACACUGAUAAUGUCCCCAAGUUUGGAUGGAAGCAGAGAGGGUCAAAGAGGCAAGCCAAGAAAGGCUUUAUAGAUGAAAUGAGAGUCGAGUUGCAUUUGGAAGAAAACAAUAGGAAUUUGCUAACGCGAGGUCUCGUGGGGGAGGGGCAGGGAUGGGGGAAGGGAAGGGAAGGGAGAAAAUUCUAGGUGGAAAGGCCAGUCUCUGUGAAGACACGCAGGAAUAAAACAACACAAAGCCGACUGGAACAGAGAGAACCUGAAGGCAGAUGAGUCUAGAGAGGUUGUGGGGAGGGAAGGGCAGAUCAAAAAGGGCCUUUUAUGUUAGGAAUUUCACUAGGCACCGUGCUAAGUACUUAUCUGCAUUAGCCCACUUAAUCCUCACAAUAAUCCCAUGAGAGGGACACUAUUAUUUUGAUUAUCCCCAUUUUAUAAAUGGGAAAAAUGAGUCUGCAGACUGUUAGAAAUAAUCAAAAUAAAACUGAAAGUGGCUAAAGCCACACAACAAUAUGUUAUAGUUAUAGAUUUUAAAAAAUCACACCUAACUAACUCUAAAGAUAUAAAUAUUGAGUCAGAGAGAAUGAGACUUGAUAGAAAUAAUCAAGACAAAACCUGAAAUCGCAGUGGCCUCAGUUGCACAUUGUAAAUUUUGUAACUAACUAAAAUUUGAUGGGAGAGUAAAGUAUUUUUGCCAAAAUAUACGUAUGGAAAAAAACUGUCCUAGAAAAAUUGAACUUAGACAUAGAGAACAAAGGAACAGUCUAUGUUCUAUGGGAGAAGGAAGCUUGGUAAAACUUGUUAUAUACAAAAGGUGAUUGAUAAAUCAAAUCUUUACUAAAGAAUUCAGAAGGAAGAGAGUUUAUUCCAAUGAAAAUAAUUUUGGUAAAGUGCAAAAAUA